ACCCAUGAAGAGGGAAGUGCGAGCGGGGCCGAGGUAAGGCCUGCGUCAGGUCACGUGCCCGCCAUAAAACACACUGGGCAGGUAUAUUACUAUGGAAAUGACCGGGUCGAUGAUCCGCUGACCCAGGGACAGGUAGUGGAGCUCAGGGUUAAGACUUCCACGCCGUCAGGUGCGUCCGGAUGAGCGGCCGUGUCGCACCUGUGGAGGGACGGGUCCUCCCCCACGGCCCACGCCUGCUUAGCGAACGGUGGACGUCCUGGCUGAAGCUAAGACACGUUCACGUCGGUCAUUUGCUCCAUUAGUAGCUGCGGACGCCGCUUCAACAGCGGUAGACGAGUAAAGGCCGCUUCCUGAUGGCGCGGCCAGGACACACCCACGCGCAUCACUGCUGCGUCUGCUCCGUCCCGGACCCCAGUCACUAAUGCGAAGUUUUUAACCAACAGCUGCGAUUAAACCAAAGUGCUGAGUCCGACUUCAAGCCCUUUUCGGUGUCAAAGCGGGCGAAGGAGCUGAAGCAGCAGAAAUCCCGCAGACUUCAGUAUCUGCAGAGAAGCAAAGGAAACACCUGGUUCACCGUUAUCACUGCUACGCUGGGACCAGACUGCCGCGUGAUUCAGCGAGCAGCUCUCCAUCCUGACCGCACACACGCGGUGCAUUCAGGGCACCUGCACUGCUGUGAGGCAGUCUCUGCUUAUCCCAUCACUUCUGGGUCAGAGGUCAACCUGCAGGGCGUGGACGGUUGGACUUGGCCGCGUUCCGCUUUGAGUGAUGUGUGAAGGCCGUUACAGGCGUCUGCAGCUCCAGAAACUGGAGACCUGAAGACUGAACGGGUCGCGUGUCCACCCCCACACACACACACACACCCACACACCCACACACACACACACACACACACACACACCUGCAGCCACCAGCUGUCGGGGACUGUGUUCAUGUGACACGCCUCCAUCCGAAGCUGCAAAAAGACUGGAGUUGGCUUAAACUGCAUAUUUCAUAAAAUAGUCUGCUGUCAGCAAAUUGUAGUUGUGUGUCACAAUAUCUGACUGAAAGCAAAGAUGCUGUGGGUUUAAAAGCGAGUCUGCUUCUAGGUUUUUUUGCACACGUUUUCUUUUUCAGUUUGUGGAGCGUUACUAGCAGUGAAAUGAGCGCGUAACUGCUUAUUGUGCGGCGUGUGCGAAGGGAGAUUCCAGUUGGGAUUUUAUUAUUAGGAUGAUAAUAAAACAUUAGAUCUCACUGGUGACAGCAACAGGUGAGUGCUGCCUCAUAUUGUUGCAGAUAGUGUUUUUUUUUUUGUUUUUUUUUUUUGGCACGUCUGGAAGACCUGCAACCCUGGAACCAGUCCGCUUCCAGCUAUGCAGAGAAUUAUCAGCAAAUCCUGGUUCUCCACAGCUGUACAGGUUUUAUAAUGGCGUGUCCUUCAGAGAUGUGUUCCAGUCGGAGCAUAUGCGGCGCCACCAGACCUCCCAACUCGCGCUCCUCCAGCUCCGGUGCCCAUUAUGCCCUCUGCGCCCUGGGAGUUGGCCUCAUCGCUCUGGGCGUCGUCAUGAUCGUGUGGACUGUGAUGCCCUCGGAGCAAGGAGGCUCCAGCGGCUCCACGGCCCCGACAGGCAACUCCACCGCCGGGCCCGGGAGCGGAGGCAACAGCGGGCACAACACGGACCCCAAGAAGUCCUCGUUGGUGGCCAUUGUGCUGGUUGCAGCUGGAGGAGCCAUCCUGCUCUUGUCCAUUUGCCUGGGACUGAGAAACAAGAGGAGGACACGCAACAGGCGCGACGAGCUAGCGGCGGCACAGGCUCCUCUACGGAACCAGGUCGUUCAGCCGCAGGAAGAACCAGGUCCAGACCCAGCUGCGUACAGCGUGCCGAGCUACGAGGAGGUCGUCGGCAGCGAUAACUACCCGGUGCGUCAGAGCAACCUGCGGCAGAGCAUCACCCAGCUGCCGUCCUACGAGGACAUCAUCGCCGCCGUGGAGAGCGAAGGGGCGGCGCCGCCCGCUGAGAGCGCCCCCCUCAGCGACCGCCCACCCGCCGGCGAGGCCCGGGCCGACCCCGCGGCGAACCCGCGGGUGCCGGUCCGCAGCAGCAGCCGCGCCAGCCGUUUACUGCGGCCUCUCCGGGUGCGAAGGAUCAAAUCGGACAAGCUGCACCUGAAGGACUUCCGCCUCCAGAUCCGCACCCCCACGCAGAACCCAGUGACCAUUGAACCCAUCACUCCGCCGCCGCAGUAUGAAAACAAGAUGCCUGAGCUACAGUAAGGUCUCUUCUUAUUGCCUGUUCAUGGUGAAUAAAGCAUCUCAGGAUUUAAUUGAGUUAUUACAUUUCUAAAAACCAAUUUCAGGGUUGGUAUUAAGUAGGUUAAACGUGGCUGCAAGCAGCACAGCAGAGGCUGAAAUACGAAUAAUUCGAGUGAAACUUCAUCAGCGAAGCUUGUGAUUGGCAUAUUCUAUUAUAAUCCACCGUUAGGUCUGUGUGCAAGGAUCAGCUUUUACAGCUUUUAUACGUUCUGCUGUUAUUAACGUUCAACCUGGGAUAGUUUCAUUUUAUUUAUACCCAAUGGAAUAAUUUCCACAUCACCAGCAAUGAUUCUAGUUCUGUUUUCAUUAUGUUGAUUAUUAGUGGUGGAACAUAUUGAUUCAAGGGGAAAGAGGGGACACUUGUUUUUGAGGUUUUAAGUGUAUUACGUAUCCUAUGCAUCAGAUGCACAACGUUUUGUGAUCACAAAAGGCAGUGAGGCCAAAAUAUGUGUUUCAUGUUUCAUCGUGUUUGUGAAGGCUUUUUUUUUUGUGAAUUGUCUUUAAAUACCUUGUCUUAAAGUGGUUUAUGUUCUGUUUUUGUAAAACAGUUUAAGAAAUUUAUCAUUGGAUUUGAUGUUAGAAAGCACUGCAUGUGUCAUUAUUAUGUAUUUUAUAGUGUUUAAAUGUUAAUAAGUUUUACUGUGUUGCAAAAUGUUUAGAAAGGUGAUGAAUAAAUGUUUUUCUAUUC